AUGAAACAUUUAGCUGAAUUUAAAGCUCGUGCAAAUUAUUAUGGAUUAGAAUAUGGAGAUAUUGUUAUUAGAAAAGGGGACUUUUUAAAUGACAUGGACACCUUAAAAGAUAUAGAACAAGCAGACGUACUAUUAGCAAACAAUUUUAUGUUUAGUCCAAUGCUUAACCAACAACUAUUAAAUUUGUUCUUAAAUUGCAAGAAUGGUGCAAAAAUCAUCUCAUUGAAAAGUUUUGUAUCAAGCAAUAAACGAAUUAAUGGUAGGACAGCCAACGCUGUUGAAUCCAUAUUGACAAAUGUUGAAGAGCAUUAUUAUAAAUCUGGGUCGGUUAGUUGGACUAACAAUCAAGGCGUUUAUUAUGUGGCAACGAUAAGUAGAGAACCUUUAAAAAUUUUUUGGGAUAGUUUUUCAAAUAAUAAUAAUGGUAAUGGUACAAGACGUUCUAGGAGACAACGUAAUUAA